GGGGAUUCCCGCUGGUCCUCUCCUCCACAAAUAUGACUUUUCCUCUCUCGGCGCUGUCACUCAUUCACCUCGCAGUUCUCCGCAGACGCAACUGAGAGCGAGCGCGUCCGUCAUGAAUGUUCUGAUGCCCUCCAUGCUGGGGGACGACCCGCACCUCAUGGCUGAGCCAGCGGCCCAGAUCUUCGAGCAGCCCCGGCAGCGGGGAAUGCGCUUCAGGUACAAGUGUGAGGGUCGCUCGGCCGGCAGCAUCCCCGGAGAGAAGAGCUCCGACAACAACAGGACCUACCCCAGCCUGCAGAUCCUGAACUACUCUGGUAAGGGUAAGGUGCGCGUUUACUUGGUGACGAAGAACGAACCGUAUCGCCCGCAUCCACAUGACCUGGUGGGGAAGGACUGCAAAGACGGAUUCUACGAGGUGGAGUUCGGUCCCGACCGCAGAGUGAUCGCUUUCCAGAAUCUUGGUAUCCAGUGCGUAAGGAGGAAGGAAGUGAAAGAUGCGAUCGUACAGAGGAUUACCAGAGGGAUCAACCCCUUCAACGUGCCACGCGAGCAGCUGCUGCAGACAGAAGAGUACGACCUGAACGUGGUUCGCCUGUGCAUCCAGGUUUCCCUACAGGAUGAGAACGGCCAUUACACCCGAUCGCUCAACCCCAUCGUCACAAACCCCAUCUACGACAACAGGGCCCCAAACACAGCAGAGCUGAGGAUCUGCAGAGUCAACAGGAACAGUGGCACUGUUAAAGGAGGGGAUGAGAUCUUCUUACUGUGUGACAAAGUACAGAAAGAUGACAUUGAGGUGCGAUUCUUCUCAUCUGACGGCUGGGAGGCCAAGGGCUCCUUCUCUCAGGCCGACGUUCAUCGCCAGGUAGCCAUCGUGUUCAAGACGCCGUCCUACUAUAACAUCUCCGUGACAGAGUCAGUCACUGUGCACAUGCAGUUGCGGCGACCUUCGGAUCAGGAAGUCAGCGAGCCGAUGGAUUUCAGAUAUUUGCCCGACGACAAAGAUCCUUACGGCUACAAUGAGAAAAAGCGCAGAAGAGAGCACCUGAUUAAGAUAUCAGGAUUGUCAGGUGGUCCUUUCACUGGCCUAACUAUGAACAGACCAAAGGCAGUGUCACAGACUACCAUGAAUAACAUGCGGAAAGAUGCGAGCAACAUGUUCCUGAGGCCACAGCCCGCAAAUACGAUGCAGCAGCAACCUGCUAUAUUCAACCAGCCUUACCAACCAGGCCAUCAGAAUGUGAUCAUGACAUCACAGGCUUCUAAUUUACAAAUGAACCAAUCGUGGGCCAACCCCGGUCCAGUACCCUCAAUGGAUACAGUCACCAUAAACCCGUCUGUUGCCAUUUGCAACCUGCCCGGUCCCAGCAGCGGCAGACAACAGCAGCCGAACCGUGGAUCUGGUUACUCCCACAGAAUGGAGCACAGCCCCUGCGAGAACAACACCCUCCCCCAGCUCUCCAUGCGGGACUUGCAGUGCUUGGACACGGCCCCACAGGCCUCUGGACGGAGUCAGUCGGAGUCCCAGGCGCACUUCCAACUGCACCAGCAGCAGCAAAGGGAUGAACUACCCUCCGAGACCCGAGCCCAGAACCAUCUUGUCAAUCCGAACCAGGGUCUCCAGACUUUGUGGUCUGGUUACAAUCCCCUCGGUGCAGUCCAGAACACAUUUAAUGGGCCAGUACCUGGGGGUGGAGGGGGGUCACAGGGGCUGGGCUCUUUCCCCUUCUUAGAGGGAAUGGAUGGGGAAGAUUUUCUGAAGGGCUUGGUGGGAGAAGGUUCUCAGACUGUCUUUCAGCUGAAGCAGGAGCCCCAGAUCACAGUGGGACAAGAGACCCACGCUGCUCUCAUGCAAUCCCCAAGCGAAAGCCAAGAAAGUACUUACACCAACUUGCUUCCUCGUCCUGUGAGCAAUGGCACCACCAUGGAUCCAAUGAUUAGCAAUGCCCAGGCUCUUAAAAAUUUGCAGAAUCCUUACUCAAACAACAGCAUGGCCUCAGAGGGCCACUUUCCAACAUUGGCUGACUGGAUCAAGGCAACUCGGCAAAGCGACUAAAAGCAGUGACAUUUUGGUAUCAGGAGACAGACAGCUCCAAUGAGUACAUCGCUCUUGUUACAAAGCCAGAACUUUUACAUCUCCCAUUUUGGCUUAGGGGUUGUUCAGUUGGCAUUUGCUUGGGUUAUUCCCUCUGUGGGCAUAAGACCAAACCAGACAGAGGUAUUUAUUCUUGGUGGCACAACAGAUUAUGGUCUAGUUCAUCACAGAGAAGGCUCCCUACCUCUGAUUGGUCAAAUGUGUCACUUGGUAGGUCUGUAAAGACAUUUCUCUCCCGAAAUUCAUCAACCAAAAUCUGUUGUUUUGGCAAAUUUGAGGCCACGCAGUUCCAUAACCUUGCCUCCUUUUAUAUCAAGGAUACUUUUGUGUCACAAUUGGUGUGAAGUGGGCUUCUGUACAGAUUCCACCACAGCAACUAACCUCUUAGGAGCUGGCGUGUUUUAAGUGCCAAUUUGCUCCAAUCACCCCCAAAUUCACUCCAUUGAUUGGCUUCCAGCUGCUGCUGUUCUCUAGACUAGUCAAUAAAACUGAGCCCACCGGGUGUCCGUGAGACUAAGACCUGUGUGUGGAAGAAAUGGGCCUCAGACCGGUUUGAUUUCUGAAGAGGUGAAUGUACUACUGUCUUUCUUUCUUUCUUUUUUUCUCAGGUGAAGUUGGAUUCACUGUCAACAAACUGUAUAGCAAUGAAUGUUUUGUUGGUUGUUUGAUGCUGAAAAAAAACAGGGGUAAAAAGGAUGUUAGGGAUUUAGAAAGUACAGCAUCAAAAUGGCAUAUUAUCAUGGGUUUACUUGUUAUUGCUUUUUAAGAGAUUCACACGUAUUAUACAUGUCAGUUAAGGUGUGUAGCUGUUUUAUUGAUGAUUUUAACGGCAUAUUUGCUGUUAAAUACACUCUGUAUAUUCAUGUUAGCCAUAGUUGAGGGUGAAAGCAGUGACUACGCUGAAGCACUCAAGUAGUGGCAAGGUACAGAAAUUUCCAUUGAGGAAGUGUGAGGAAGCACAUUCAGUGGUGUCUUUCCUUUGUAAUGACUAUGUCAUACAAGUGAUCACAUGUAUCAUCCAGAGUUCUUCUCGGAGUAUUUCUACCAGAUGUUUUUUAUGGAUAAAGAUGUCCAUUUUGUGAGUUAUUGUUUUAAUUAUUCAACUAAUGCUCUUAGAGACAGUUACAGAAAGUGCCUCGGCCAAGGUCCAACGUGACUGAUACCAUGGCUGAUGAUGGAGAAGAACUUGGCAGUGGCCUGCAGAGCGACUCACCACGAGCCUCGCUCUGACUUACAUGUUGUCUUACUUGUAUACCUUCCAGAGGCCUUUUGGUAUUAUUUGGAUGACUGCUUUGUAAGUUUUGCUAUUUUGGUUAUGUUUUUGUACUAUAGAAUGAAUUCUUAAUAAAGAAUAUCCUUUUUUUCCACA